UUUUUGUUCACAGAAUUACAAUAAUCACUCGAGCACUUGUGAUAAGAAAAUAAUGAGAAAUCACAAAAAAAAAAAAGGGGACUAACUCACCUGGAAGAAGAAAAGAAGAACUAGAAGAAGAAAACUUGAACGAGAGACUGAGGGAACAAAAUUUAUUCACCUUGAUUGAUUGGCGGGAAGAGAAAAAGGGAAAUUUACGUCAUUGACAUUGGAGAUGAAGGUCAAAAUGAGAUUAUCGCAUCAAACUCCUUUUUUUUUAACGGCUUCACUUCUUCUAGUGCUUCAUGAAAGUUGAUAAAAACUCUUUGUUUUUCAUUGAAUUCAGUCAUUUAGUGAACGGUGAACGAAUGAGAAUGACAAAUAUGAAUUUAGAAACACGACAAAGAGCACUCUUUGAAUGGUGGAAUGAAGAAACGGAAUAUUUCUUUCAAAGAAUUGAACAUUGGGCAGCAUGUGCAAGAGGAUAUAAUCGUCUUCGUUCGCAAAAAAAUACACGCAAUAAAAUGAAAAUUAUAAAAGAAGAAAAUUCAUUAUCAUCACGAUGGAGUAUUGCUGGUAAUAAAUUAUUUAUUGAAGAAACAUCAUUUAAUCCACGUUUACAACCAUUAAAUCGUUCAUACGCGAGACAAUCGGAACAUGAAGAAUUAAAACUCAAUUGUUGUGGUACAUUAAAUUAUCGAUCAAAUGGAAAAUUAGAUAGCACAUGUCUUGAGACUUAUAGUUACGAUCAUAGUAUUUAUUUUAAAACAAUUGGCGAUUUAAGGAGAAAUCGUGAUGAAAUUAUAAAUGAAUCAUCAUUAAAAAUUGAUGAAAAAUGUGAUAUUGAAUUAAAUGAUGAUGAAAUUGAAGAAUUUUGUCAAAUUAAUGUUGAAAAAUUUGAUGAAAAUGCAAAUAUCUAUCAAGAUAGUGAUAUUGAGAAAAAUAAUUUAGAAAAUUGGAAUAAUAAUAAUAAUGGGAAAAUGAGGGAUUUUAGAAAAAUUGGCAAAUAUCAACAAGUAGCGGGAGAUGAAAUUUGGCCAGGGGUUUUAGUGACCUAUAGGAAGAAUAUCGAUCCAACCUCAUCACCCCAUCGAUAUGUGGAAUCAGUGAGUGGGAGUGAUUGUUAUUUCGUUCCCGGGAUGUGAUUACAUAUAGAAAAAAAAAACUAAAUCAUAAAUUAUUAAAAAUGAUUUGGAAUAUUCGAUAUUUCCCCCCCCCCCAAAAAAAAAGGGGGUUCCAUAUAAUUAAAAAGGAGAUAAAUUUAAUUUUAAAAAAAGGAAUCAAAAAUUGAGCCUGAAAUGAAAACAAAAAAAAGUGUAAUUGAAUUAUUCUUUUUUUGCAAAAAUGAAAAAUUAUGUUUCUAAAUAAAGAUUUGGAUUUGAAAAGAGAUUUAAAAAAGUAA